AUGGAAGAAGGAGGUCAAAAAGAAGUAAUCAACUUGAAUAGUUUCCGGAGCCAUCGAGGGAAAGAUCGGGUUAGCCACCAAGACGAGGGACUCAUCACCGUCUCGGACUCCUCGGAUGAAGAGCUGCCUGUGAUGUUGGACACACCUGUUCGCGGCCAGUGGGAAGAGGAGGAGGAUGAAGACGUGGUCAUCUUGAUGGAGACAGCCACCAAGAAGUCCCUGCGGCCCAACGUGAUCAAGCCCGCCGCUCCGUGGCAAGUCCUUAACAAGACAGGGGAAGGAGGAUCUAACGGCGACGUGGUGGCCCUUCCUCACAGGGAGCAGAAGACCAAGACCCCGGUUUCUCCCCGGCUGCUGGCGACCCGACGGAACUACCUGAAGACAGGGAGGGUGGGACUGAGCAGACCGACCCAAACCGAGGUCUUGGAAUUACCCGAUUCUCCGGAGCCCGUUGACCCCAGGGGACUCCGAGGGACAGAGGCUGGGCCCAGCACGGUUCAGAAGAGAGAGGUUGCCCCAGAGGUCAUUAAUUUGGAGGAAGUGGGGACCAAUCAGGAGAACCCAGAGGAGGGAGAUCGGACGCUUGAGCCACGGCUGGCACCCAACCCCGGAGGGGUCGUCCAUUGCGUUAAGGAAAACAUGCGGCUGGAUCAUCCGUACUUCCAGGCAGCGAAGAAGGAGGCACGGGCGGUGGUCAAUUUGCUUUCUUCUCAGGCGGCCUCCCUGGAAAGAGAACUGGGACCUUUGCCGAGGGUAUACCAAGGAGAGAUCCCCGGGCCGGCUUUCCCCAGGCCCGAAGCUCAGCAAGAUGGAAUCCCAGGCCCUGCUUCCCCUCAGCUAGCUCAUCCCCCAGAGGAAAAUGGAGGCCAGCAGGCUGUAAUAAACGAGCAGGCCGGUCCGGCGUUUCCAGCCCAAGGGUCACUGGACACCAGCUCCGGUGAGCUUCCCAAGCAGACCGCUACUCUGUUGGACAAAGACCCGGUUGUACUUCUCAUCCGAGAAACGGAAGCCAGGUUUCCAGACGCAACGCGAGAGUACAUCCAAGAGCUGAUACAGAGCAGAAACUGCUGUGACUUAAACAUACUCUGCAAUCUGCUUCUGGAAAAUCCAGACUACCCAAAGAAGGAACUCAGCAUGAUUUUGAACCCAAACAGCAGCCUGCUUUCCAGCCAAGAUGAGACGAAGGUGCCUAAAGUGGACUAUUUCGACUUCUCCAAGCUGGAUCCGCUCGACCAACGUUGCUUCAUUCAAGCUGCUGACCUCCUCAUGGCCGACUUCAAAAUGCUGAGCAGCCAAGACAUCAAGUGGGCGCUCCACGAACUCAAGGGACACUAUGCAAUCACACGAAAGGCCUUCUCCGACGCCAUCAAAAAAUGGCAAGAGUUGUCUCCGGAAACCAGCGGGAAGCGAAAAAGGAGGAAAGAAAUGAACCAGUAUUCUUACAUAGACUUCAAAUUUGAGCAGGGUGACACCAAGAUUGAGAAGCGCAUGUUUUUCUUGGAGAACAAACGACGCCACUGGAGGAAUUACGACCAGCUCUCUCUCCUGCCCCCGGUGCAGCUGGAGAGGGAGUUUUACGAACAGAAGAUCAAAGAGAUGGCGGAGCAUGCAGAUUUUCUUCUUGCCCUGCAGAUGAAUGAAGAGCAGUAUCAAAAAGAUGGCCAGCUGAUCGAAUGCCGCUGCUGCUACGGGGAAUUUGCGUUUGAAGAGCUGACCCAGUGUGCGGAUGGACACCUGUUCUGCAAGGAAUGCUUAAUAAAAUAUGCUCAGGAGGCCGUCUUUGGCUCUGGAAAGUCAGAGCUGAGCUGCAUGGAAGGGAGCUGCACGUGUUCGUUCCCCACCAGUGAGCUGGAGAAAGUGCUUCCUGAAAACAUCCUCUGCAAAUACUACGAGAGGAAAGGCGAGGAAGAGGUGGCGGCUGCUUGCGCCGAUGAGCUGGUCAGGUGUCCCUUUUGUAACUUCCCGGCUCUCCUGGACAAGGACGUGAAGCGGUUCAGCUGUCCCAACCCGUGCUGCAGGAAGGAAACCUGCAGGAAAUGCCAGGGCCUCUGGAAGGAACACAUGAACCUCACCUGUGAACAGCUGGCCGAAAAGGAUGACAUCAAAUACAGGACGUCCAUAGAAGAGAAGAUGACGGCAGCCCGUAUCAGAAAGUGUCACAAAUGCGCCACCGGCUUGAUCAAAUCGGAAGGCUGCAACCGCAUGUCCUGCCGUUGUGGGGCCCAGAUGUGCUACCUCUGCCGAGCUGCCAUUAAUGGGUACGACCACUUCUGCCAGCACCCUCGUUCCCCGGGAGCCCCGUGCCAAGACUGUGCAAAAUGUUCCCUUUGGACAGACCCCACGGAGGACGAUGAGAAGAUAAUCCAUGAAAUUCAGAAGGAAGCGGAGGAAGAACAAAAGAGGAAGAACGGAGAAAACAGUUUUAAGCGGAUUGGCCCUCCGGUGGAAAAACCCGCAGAGAAGAUCCCACGGAUUGAAGCCAUCCCCAGGCCGGUUCCCCAGAACCUCCACCACCACCACCAAAUACGCCCCUACCCAUUUGGUCACCCCCCUUUCCCUCUCCCCCCGGUGCACCCCCUGUACAACAACCUGGGCCCCAUCAACCUGGGCCCCAUCCCGGCCCCUUACGUCCCCCCACUCCACAACAUGAGGAUGAACUACGACUUUCCCCAAAUGAACCUACAUUUGGAGCACAACCUUCCUAUGCACUUUGGGCCUCAGCCUCGGCAUCGGUUCUGA